UGUAGGUGGUGGUGGUGGUCAGUGACUGCUCAGCAGCAGUGGAGAUGCCGUCAUGCUGCUUUUCCCUGGAGGAGGAAGGAAUAUGUGGAUUUUUUUUUUUCUAUCUGGUGAAUGAAGAAUGAGACAAAUAUAAGAGGUUGCCCACGACAACCGCCGAGCAAGAUGAAGGUGAAAUGGACCAUGCUUGGCAUGGUUGUCUUCUUCCUGCUCUCUGUGGUCAUGACCUGCUGUUUCAUAUGGCAGUACAGGAUGCCAAAGCUGAAGACAGUGGUGGUUGAAAAACAAGCCACAGUGGAGGAGAUGUGCCCUCGCUUCCCUGAGCCUGUGCCGCUGAAACAUCCCAUCACAUCACUGAGGGUGGCCUUAGAGAGGAUCGAUUUACUCCUGAAGAUGAGCGUCCACAGCACCAAGCUGCCUGCCAUAUCAGCUCUCAUCGUGUUGAACGACUCCGUUCUGUGGAACGGAAACUUUGGGAAGACCAACACGAGUGACUCCUCCUCGUCUGUACCCAACGAGUACACGGUGUACAGAAUUGCAAGCCUCUCGAAAAUCUUCCCCACACUGAUGCUGUACAAGCUGUGGGAGGACGGCCUGGUGGACUCUCUGGACGACCCUCUGGAGAAGUACGCAGACAAUUUCACCAUCAAGAACCCACUGGGGAAAAGUGGAGGGUCACUCAGGGACCCCGGCGUCCGCUCUCCAGGACUCAGUCUGCGCAGGAUGGCCAGUCAGCUCUCUGGUUUACCCAGAAGAUUAAGGUCAACUAAUCUCCUUUGGAGUGGAGACACAGAGUCAGCUCUUAAUUUGUUAAAGGAUGAGGUUCUUGUGGCAGAUCCAGGCACCAGAUGCCACUACAGCAACGUUGCUUUUUCCCUGCUGGCCAACGUCCUGGCCCGGAAAGUGGCGGGGUCAGACUUUGAGAGCUGGGUGUCGGACAACAUUCUGGUGAAGCUCAACAUGGAGGACACUGGGUUCAACUUGACCCCGCGCAUUCAGAAGAAGAUGGCAGUGGGCGUGUACAGCAACGGCCAGCUGGCUCCGCUCUACGACCUCGGCUGGUACCGACCCGCCGGACAGAUGUAUUCCACAACGGCGGACAUGGCCAAGCUCAUGAUGGCUCUCCUGGGUGUGUCUGGAGGACUCGUGCUGCGCAAGGACACGCUGAACACUAUGUUGACCCCGGUGUUGCGCUGCCAUGACGGCUACUUUGCCAACUCCACUGGCACACCGUGGGAAAUCAAUGAGCAGUUUGGUUAUGACGUGGUGAGGAAGGACGGUGACCUGGACGGUUAUGCUGCCACUCUCUCUUUAGUACCACGACUUAAACUGGGACUAGUCGUCCUGAUGGCUGGGGUUCGUCCCGGCGACCAGGACCUUGUGAACCGGGCCUACAGUUAUCUCAUCCCCGCGGUGCAGAGUGCUUUCAGGGACGCUCGAAAAACUGUGAGACCACCACCUGACCCGACUCCAUAUGUCGGCUUUUUCACUUAUCGGAACAUGACUUUCUAUGAGAUUAAGGCGGACUCAGAUGGAGUUCUCAUCAUGCAGCAGUUUGGACCACAGCUGGACACAACUGUGCCGGCCAAGUACCGGACUAUUCGUCUGGAUUACCUGCAGGAGCGGGUGUUCAGGCUGGUGUUUGAGAGCCCGUAUCCCUGCAAACUCAAGUUUAACAGCGCCUCCGUGUCCCUGGACAUACAGGACGGUCAGCUGUUUAACUUUCAUGUCUUCACCAAGAAGGGUGUGUCGCCGGGGUUCGAUUCCCCAGGACUCAACACUUACACCGUGACGAGGAUCGCUGGAAGACCCUUCUUUAUUUCACAGUGACAGGAAUUCAGCUCCACUAUUUCAAAAUGGUUCAUGACACAGGAGUAAGACAUGCAAUUACUCUUUAUGUUUUUACACAGUUGUGUGAAAUAUCUCCGAAUGUGUGUUGUUUUUCUACCCAUAAAACUUUAUUAUAAACCACAAUGUAAUGUUUUCUUCUUUAAUUAUCUGACAUGAACCAUCAUAAUUA